AGGAACUAGUAUGAGCAGCCAAUAGGAGAGGAGGACCGUGUAGCGGGGCAACAGCUCCUCAACCAAUCGGGUGUCGCGAAAACAGAGCACCAAAUUUUGUAUUUUUGUACACGAGUUACUUCUCCUGGUUUCAGGUCUGGUUAAAGUUAAUCAAAGAUGAUGGAUGCACUGUCGGUGGUGAGUCAGCUGCGGGACCUGGCUUCAGAGCCGCAGAACCGAGACGUGAUAGUCCAGGAUCAGGGCUGUCUCCCCGGGUUGGUUCUCUUCCUGGACCACCAGAACCCAGAGGUGCUGCAUGCAACUCUUCAGACCCUGCGCUACUUGGCUGAGUUGUCCCCCAACAUCCCCACCAUGAAGAAUGAACUGGGGAUGAUGGUGAGCCUGGAGAAUCUAAUUGUGAGGGAGGGCCUGUCUAUUGACACCACAGCCUUGGCCCAGGAGGUGUUUAACAUUCUGAGCUCACCUGCUAAUCCCGAGAGGGAGAGGAGAAAGAAACCCCAGUUCUUUAUCAACUCCACCCAAAAGAAGGCCAAGUCUGUCACUCUGCACAUCCAGGGGUUGGACAGCACUGACCAGCGAAGCUUGUGUGAGGGGGCUCUUUUGAAGGUCAAAGGAGUGAUCAGCUUCACCUUCCAGAUGGCUUCCAAGAGAUGCACCGUCCGCAUCCGUUCAGACCUGCCCACUGAGAGUCUGGCAUCAGCCAUCGCUGCCACUAAGGUGUUGUCAGCCCAGCAGGUGGUGAAGAACGCGGCAGGAGAAGAGGUUUUUAUCCCUCUCUGCCCAUCUGAAGUGGAAGUGCAGCAAAACUCAGCUCUACCAGACUACCUCCCAGAGGAAGAGGAGAGCCCAGAGAAGGACGUCAAACGAGCAAUUUCCCGCACCGCAGCUAAGGAAGACUCCAGCGGAAGCUGGCUCAACGCCGCCGCCGGUUUCCUCACCAAAACGUUCUACUGGUGAAACUUGCGCAGUUUGACCCCCCCCCCCCGAGACCCAGUGAAGUUGUGCUACAAGAAUACAACUGCUGUGUUUGUUACUGGAGUGGACAUUACUGGAUGUUAGCACACAAAAGGCCAACAUCCUGGCUUUGUGUGCAUGGUCUGAACUUCACCAACCUGCUAUCAGUUGUGAAAAACUACAAAUUAGCAACAUGUGCAAAAGCACUUCUGAUUGUAACUCUAUUCUGGUAGUUGAUUGGAGGCACACACACUUGAAACAUCUCGCUGUUUUCUAUCAAGUAUAGUCUUCUCAUUAAAUGUAAAUAUUUUCUGUCAAACUGUCCAUUUUCUGUCUAUGUGUUAAAAAAAAAAGAAAAAAAGUUUGGAGAC